AUGUCUGAUCCCCGCCCCGUCAAGACGGUUGGCUUGACGCAGAUUUACAGUCCCCGCGCCAACCCCACCGUAGAUAUUGUCUUUGUUCAUGGGCUCAGCGGCCACCCCCGUAACUCGUGGACCAGCCAGACCGGCUGCUUCUGGCCUGCCGACCUCUUACCUCAAGCUCUGGCUUCGGUGCACCCGCGUGUCCUCACUUACGGCUACAACGCGACUGUUCCCUCGGUCGCCGCUGCGCGCCAUCCCCUUCUCAUACAAGCGGAGACGCUGUUAUCCGACCUGGUGGCCGAUAGAAAGUUCCGAAACUGUUCUGAGCGACCGAUUAUUUUCGUCAGCCAUUCGCUGGGUGGGCUAAUCGUCAAAUACGCCCUUAUUUCAUCCGAUGAGAAGACUAACCACCUGCGAUCCGUUUAUAUUUCGACGUUCGGCAUUCUUUUCUUUGGCACGCCGCACAACGGGCCCGACAUCGCCGAUUGGGGUUCGUUGUUGCAAGGUAUCUACUAUGCCAUUAACCCCACAGAGUCUAGAGAGAAUUCCUCACUAUUGAUGAAACUGCGGUAUGAGAGCACAAACUUGGAAAGCAUCAACACUCGAUUCUUAGACAUCAUAUCCCGGUUCCGUAUCUACUUCCUCUACGAACUUCGCCCAACGGAACUCAAGCAUGCAACACCCUUGGAAACAGCUUCAGAAUCAUGGCUUGCACAAUACCCCGCAUGGCCUGCUACUGAGAUGAUUAUCGUGGAUGAAGCAUCGGCGGCACCACCUAUACUAGGCGUUGACAGAAUGGGUAUCGAAGCAGACCACGUCCAUAUUUGCAAAUUUAGUGAUCAAAAUGCUCCUGGCUUUGAGACUAUAGCGAAAUCUCUCCUCAAAUACUCCCGCGAAGCACCCUUCAUUAUCGCAGACCGCUGGUGGAAUGAGGAGGGGAAGAAAAAUGCCUAUGAAGGGCCAGGCGGUCCCCGAGAAGACGAUGCCGGUAAGCCUGCUCUUUACCGCUCGAUUCAUUGUCCGCACACUACCCACUUGGUACUUGAGUAUGGGAUCAGUACUGUUGAACAGUCAAAUAUAGAGUUAGUGGCUAGAAUUUGA